AUGGCGGCGCAGGCGGCGAGCUCGGCGUCGGAGGGCGGCUCCCCGGCCGCGGCGGCCGCUGCUGCUGCGGCGGCGGCUUCUUCGUUCCCGGCGACAUCGCUGUACGUGGGCGACCUCGACGUGAGCGUGCAGGACGCGCAGCUCUUCGACGUCUUCGCCCAGAUCGGCGGCGUCGUCUCCGUGCGCGUCUGCAGGGACGUCACCUCGCGGAAAUCGCUCGGAUACGCCUACGUCAACUACAACACCCCGGCCGACGCUGCACGGGCUCUUGAAAUGCUCAACUUCACUCCUAUCAAUGGGAGGCCUAUCAGGAUAAUGUAUUCUAACCGUGACCCCAGCUUGCGCAAGAGUGGCACAGCUAAUAUAUUUAUUAAGAAUCUUGACAAGUCAAUUGACAACAAAGCUUUGUAUGACACAUUUUGUGUGUUUGGAAACAUUCUUUCAUGUAAAGUUGCAACAGAUCCUGCUGGGGAAUCAAAGGGCUAUGGUUUCGUUCAGUAUGAGCGGGAUGAGGCUGCUCAUGCUGCUAUCGAGAAACUCAAUGGGAUGCUUAUGAAUGACAAGAAGGUGUAUGUUGGACCUUUCGUUCGUAAGCAGGAGAGAGAUAACUCUCCAGGCAAUGUCAAGUUUAAUAAUGUCUAUGUAAAGAACCUAGCUGAGACUACCACUGAAGAUGACUUGAAGGAAAUCUUUGGAAAGUUUGGAGCAAUAACAAGUGUUGUUGUAAUGCGGGAUGGGGAUGGAAGAUCCAAGUGUUUUGGCUUUGUGAAUUUCGAAAGUCCAGAUGAAGCUGCUCUGGCUGUUCAAGAUUUGAAUGGCAAGAAAUUUAGUGACAAGGAAUGGUAUGUUGGAAGAGCGCAGAAAAAGUCAGAACGGGAGAUGGAAUUGAAAGAGAAGUUUGAAAAGAACCUUCAAGAGGCAGCAGAUAAGUACCAAAACACCAACUUGUAUCUGAAGAACUUAGAUGAUACUGUUGAUGAUGAAAAGUUGCGAGAACUUUUUGCUGAGUUCGGAACUAUUACUUCCUGCAAGGUUAUGCGUGAUUCAAAUGGCGCAAGCAGAGGUUCUGGAUUUGUUGCUUUUAAAUCCGCUGAUGAUGCUUCCCGAGCUCUUGCUGAAAUGAACAACAAGAUGGUUGGCAAUAAACCACUUUAUGUUGCACUCGCACAGCGCAAGGAAGACAGGAAAGCUAGGCUGCAGGCACAGUUUUCACAAAUGCGUCCCGUUCCAAUGGCUCCAACCGUUGGUCCUCGUAUGCAAAUGUUACCUCCUGGUGUUCCAGUCGGUCAGCAAAUGUUCUAUGGCCAGCCACCAGCGUUUAUUAACCCACAGCCCGGAUUUGGCUUCCAGCAACCUUUCAUGCCCGGAAUGAGGCCAGGCGGUGCUCCGAUGCCGAACUUUAUGAUGCCUAUGGUUCAGCAAGGACAACAACCACAGCGCCCAGCUGGUAGGCGAGCUGGUGCUGGUGGAAUGCAGCAAUCCAUGCAGAUGGGUCAGCAGCAGAUGAUGGGUAGGGGUGGUGGUCGUGGUUACCGCUAUCCGACCGGGCGUGGCAUGCCUGAUCCUGCUAUGCAUGGUGUUGGGGGUGUGAUGACAUCCCCAUAUGAGAUGGGAGGGAUGCCUAUGAGAGAUGCCGGUGCGUCACAGCCAGUUCCAAUUGGGGCAUUGGCUUCUGCACUUGCCAAUUCACCCCCAGAGACGCAAAGAAUGAUGCUUGGCGAGAACCUGUACCCUCUUGUUGAUCAGCUGGAGCACGACCAGGCUGCCAAGGUGACCGGCAUGCUCCUGGAGAUGGAUCAGACUGAGGUGCUUCACCUGCUUGAGUCGCCAGACGCUCUCAAGGCCAAGGUUGCUGAAGCCAUGGAGGUUCUCCGCAGCGCUCAGCAGCACACCAACCAGUCCCCUGAGCAGCAGCUGGCUUCGCUCUCGCUGAAUGACGGCCUCAUCUCUUCCUAAGCUCUACGGCGACAAUUUUUGCACCAUAUCAAAACUUAUCUAGACUGAAAAUGACUUGGCUUUAUUGGAGACUUAGCUUUUGCCAGUAGUUGAACUAGUCUUUUAGGCUUCCCAUGGAUUGACUAUUUUAUUUGCAUGGAUUGGUUGUUUUUAAAGUUGUCAGCUUGUCACUGAAUUUAUCUUGCUUUCUCGUUCGUGGUUGUUUCCAUC